GUUUACACAGCCCAGGACUGUAUUAGCUUUUUUGGCUGCUGCUGCACAUUGAUGGCUCCUUGGAUGAGAAGUGAAACGUCUCCAAAGCAAAAACAGGAAAGUCCAGUUGCCUUUGGGACUCUAUAAAAGUAUAUGAGGCGGAACCAUUCUUUGCGGUUCAGGUUUCCAUCCGGACUUUUUGUCCCUUCCUUUUUUUUAAUUCUCUCCUGCCUUACAAUGGCGACGACCGCCCUGCUUCUUUUUCCUCUUGCACUUCUUUUGCUGUGGCUGCUUCCUCGCUUGUGGCUGCAGCGCUACCGCGGCCUGAGGAAGUGGAGGCGGCGGCCAGACCACCGGACGCUUUUCUCAGACGGACCGGAAUCGCUAGCGGCAGUGCGACGCGACGUCCCGACCACCCGCGUCCUCUUCGUGACGGCGCACCCUGAUGACGAAGCGAUGUUCUUCGCCCCCACCAUCCUCGCCUUCAAGUCGGCCAGCCUGUGGCUGCUCUGCGGCUCCACAGGGAAUUAUUAUCAGCAGGGAGAGAUUCGUAAAGGAGAAUUGAUAGAAAGCUGCACAGUUCUUGGGAUUCCUUCUUCCAAUGUGACCGUCCUGGACCACAGGAAACUUCCAGACCAUCCAUCCACCGAGUGGGAUGUAGCUCUCCUUGGGGAGCUGAUCCUCUCACACAUCAAAACCUACCAGAUCGACCUGGUCAUAACCUUUGACGCCGGAGGAGUGAGUGGGCAUCCGAAUCACCGGUCCGUUUAUGCCGCCGUCAGGUCCUUGCACUCGGAGAGGAAAGUUCUAGAAGGUUGUCGGUUCCUCAUCCUUGAGACGGUGAACCUUUUCCGGAAAUACAUUUCCAUCUGGGAUGCUCUGCUCAGCUGCUACACAACCCCGGACGUGCUCUUUAUAGUGACGGAGCAAGAAGCGGAGCUGGCCAAGAGGGCAAUGCGGUGUCACCACAGCCAGCUGCUCUGGUUCCGCCGUUUGUACGUGAGGUUCUCGCGCUACAUGGUGAUCAACUCGCUGCGUUUCCUCUAACGGGGAAGAGAGCUUGGGUGAACUGGAGGCACGGAGAGAGAAAGGGAGGAAGACUUUGACUCUCCAGGCUCCUGACGAGUGGAAAAAUCUAGCAGGACCAAGAAGGGCCUUCUCCGUGGUGGCUCCCUCCCUGUAGAACAUCAUCCCUGUGGAAAUAAGGUUGGAAAUAAGGAGUUAUGGGCCCCCUCUCUUAAGGAAGUCCAGGAACUUCCCACAGUGGCUUCUUCCCUGCGGGACAUCAUCCCCACGGAGAUCAAAUCGGAAAUGAGAUGUUAUGGAUCUCCUCUCUUAAGGAGGUCCAUCUGGUGGGACCAAGAAGAAGGGACAUCUCUCUGUGGAACAUCAUUCCUGCAGAGAUAAGAUUGGAAAUAAGAUGUUAUGGGUCCUGGAAAGCACUGAAAAUACUGGAAUGCGCAGAAAUGAAUAGACUAACAAUGACAAUGAAAGAUAAGACAGAGUCAGACUACUAUGAAAUCUGGGGAACUUUUUAUGAUUGGCUGAAAAGAGAAUACGGUGAAAAGAUAGUUAACAU